CAGACAAACACAACACCAUGGCGGACAAGUACAAGGCGCAGUACGAGACCUUUGAGAGCUCGACUCUGGCGGACCGCCAGACAAACCUCACCAACCACGACGCGGCGACCGCGCUCUCGUACUUGGCAGCCAAGGAAUACGAAGAGUACACGGCCGCAAACGGCAAGCACGGCAGCGUGUCCAAGCGCGACAAGAUCAUCCGGGGGAUCGUGAACCCGAUUGUUGACCGCGAGUUCACCUCCAAGCAGCUCUACUUCCUCGACAAGAAGACGGUCGUCGAGACGACGGUCAAGAACGUCGAGCUGGCCGAGAAGGUGCUGUAG